AUGAUUAAACUAGUUGGAACAACGCUGCAAACUGAUGCUGUUGAGACUGAUGUGCCUUGCAUCGGUUUCUGUAAUUGGAAACGUAUAUCAGCUUCCAGUCACGGAAAACCGAAUAAUAACCAACGUCCUAUACAACACGAUCAAAUGAAUAUAACUUCCAUCGAUGAUUGCGAAUUGGAAUCGAACCAUACUCAUUUUGUUCUUUUCGAUCAUGAGAUAGACAAUGUAGAAAGUAUCCAAUUGAAACGUGGCGAGAUCGAACGUCAACUGAGCAAGACAUUGCUAGAGAAUAAAACUAUCAAUGAUGAUAAUCAUUCAAAGAGUGUAUUUCGUAAUACUGUUCCGAUUGUUACACUCUUACUUGGUGGUAACUUUACAACACUAAAUGUUAUAUGUGAAGGAUUAAAGAAUGAAACACCAGUCGUUGCUGUUCUAGGUACAGGUCAUCUUGCAGAUAUCGUGGCUAUCCUCUGUUUGGAUCUGCAACUUCAAGAAUUUACUGCGCCUGGCACGUAUACGGGACUUCGUUGUAAAGGUCGUCCUUGUGCCAAGUGUCACAAGUGUUGUGAUUGGCAUUUUACUGGUGAUCAAGACAAGUGGAAUUGGGUCUGCACUUGGAGACACUGGGAAAAGGUGGAUGAGGAUCGUUGGGACAAUGAUGACUGCUGUAAUCUUUUUAAGAAACCUGUUGAUGCAACCUGUUGUCGUUAUGGUUAUUAUCAUAAGGGUCUUUAUUAUUAUUGUUGUGGUGGUCUUGAUUUUCUUUCUGAUGUUUGUCUCUGUAAGAAACAUUAA